GACCCACUUCCGUUAGUGCGUGUGGUCAAACUCACGCGAGAGCGCUGUAACUUCCUCUUCGCACGGAAUCCACUUCCAAGAUGUCUCUCGUCAUCCCUGAGAAGUUCCAGCACAUUCUUCGUGUUCUCAACACGAACAUCGAUGGUCGGAGGAAAAUCGCCUUCGCUAUCACUGCCAUCAAGGGAGUUGGCAGACGUUACGCCCAUGUCGUCCUGAGGAAGGCAGACAUCGACCUGAGUAAGAGAGCAGGAGAGCUGACAGAGGAGGAGGUGGAGCGAGUGGUGACCAUCAUGCAGAAUCCUCGUCAGUACAAGAUCCCAGACUGGUUUCUGAACAGACAGAAGGACGUUAAGGACGGCAAAUACAGCCAGGUCCUCGCCAACGGUCUGGACAACAAGCUGAGAGAAGACCUGGAGCGGCUGAAGAAGAUCAGGGCUCAUCGUGGACUCAGACACUUCUGGGGUCUGCGCGUGCGCGGUCAGCACACGAAGACCACCGGCCGCCGUGGACGCACCGUGGGUGUGUCCAAGAAGAAAUAAGUGUCGUCAUGUUUGGAAAAUAAAACCACAAUUCAGUCCA